UAAAUAGUUGAUUUUCUUUAGUGUGUAGAAAAUAUAUACAUUUGUACGAUCUCCUUGUAGUUAUGGCCCUGUGUUUGAGGUUUUUAAGUGAUUGGAAUUUUAAAAUAUUGUCCCAUGUACAUUGUGUCAUUUACUGAUUGUCCCUAACUACCCCCAUAGAGAUAUCGAAUGUCAAACCAAAUUGAGCAUUGGCAUUACGAUCAGGUCUUGUGCAGCUGCGCUCCGAGUUGAUGAUUACUUGGGUGCUGCCAGGUGUGGGCAUGUGGGCAGGAUUAAACCCACAGAAAUCUCAGUUUAGUAUUUUUCAUCCUUAAUGUUGUUCUGGAGGCAGCUCUACAGACUGGCCACUUGCUGGCACAGCCACAAAGUUCUAAAAUCUGAUUUUGAACCUAUCCCUAACCUUAAUAACACUGCUAACCCUAAUACCUAGCCCUAACCUUACAUUAAGACCAUAAAUGACAAAGGUUUUCUUUACAGCUGGCCUAUCUAAUGGGAAAUCAAUCAGUUAUGCCUCCAAGACAAGACUCAUAACAAUAAACAUCAACCUGCACAGAACUGUUACGGUAACCUUCAUUCCAUAACAUACCGUUUUUUCCUAUCAUCUCACAAAUCUCUGUUUGAGAGACAGAGUAGCAGGGCAAAGGGUAAAAAAAGUAGAUUUACAGACAGAUUUGACUCCAACCCCCAGAGUGCCUCACUCAGUGCUACCGUGCCAGUGACCCCAGUCUCCCAGCCAAAAAAUGAUGAAAUGUGUUGAAAUCUCUCCACUGUGUUUCCUCAUUCUGUCUCUAAUUUCCUUGUAUGUAUUUUGGCCUCAGCCGGACGUAGUAGAUGUACAUUUUAUCGAGAGAUGGACCUAUGGCCCUGUCAUGGUUUGUAGGAGUGAGGAGCUAUGCAGUGUUGAAUGCAGAACUGCUCUUUGCAGGAGCAGAAGGAGGACCUCCGGAAGCGUCUGUCCUACACCACCCACAAGCUGGAGCUGCUAGAGAGCGAGUUUGACUCCACCCGACAGUACCUGGAGACAGAGCUACGCCGCGCCCAGGAGGAACUCGACAAGUUCACAGACAAACUACGCAGAAUACAAAGCAGCUACUCAGCACUGCAGAGGAUCAACCAGGAUCUGGAGGAUAAGAUCCAUAGAAAUUCUCAGCACCAUGACGACGAGAAGAGAGCCCUGAGCAGAGAGAUCAUCGUGCUCAACAACCACCUGAUGGAGGCCAAGCUGACCAUUGAGAAACUGAGGGAGGACAAUGAUCUGUACAGGAAGGACUGUAACCUGGCUGCCCAGCUGCUCCAGUGCAACAAGUCCCACUACAGGACCCAGCUUUCUGAGUUGCCUGCUGAAUUCCAGGAACGCGUGACCAUGCACAUGGAGGGCACACCUCUUUGCCACACUGCCUAUGCCGAUUCCGUCCCUGCCUCCGUCAUCGCCAAGGUGCUGGAGAAGCCCGACGAGGCCUGCAGCGGCAGCCAAGCCUCUAGCUCGCCUAGCCCCCAACCCCAGGACCAAGGCUUUCUCCUGGACACCCUGGACAGAGGUGAGCGCCUUGGCCUCCGGGCAGCAUACAAGUCAGACCUGUACAGCAGCGACACAGCUCUGUACUGCCCGGUCGAUCAGAACCGUGAGCGCAGGCCAAGCAUGGACCUCCAUGGCCAGAGAAAGCUGCUCUACGGGCCCCAGAACUCCACAGAUAGUAACCCAGAGGAGGGUCCCUUGUUGGGGCUGAGGUCUGGCUUCUCCCAGGAGUGCUUUGCCAAGUUCCCCACCUCUCUGGGCCCCACCUCGGGCAGCUCCUACUCCAGCUUCAGCGGAGGGGGCUCGGACGACAACAAGGGCAACGGCCCACCAAGCAGCACGGCCUCCUCUCCCCACCACCACUCCCUCUACAUGGACUGGAGGAAUGGGGGAGACUAUGAGAGGAAGAGUGACUCCUCCUGGGAGAGGGACAGUCCCGGUGGGGGCGGCUUCGCCAAGGUCCACGCUGUCUUCCAGCAGGCCGGCGGAGCACACCACCAGAACGGCAGCUCGCCUGUCUACAGCCGCACCAUGUCCUCGUGCUUCAGCGAGCCCUACGAACCCCUCCCUCCUUCCUCCUCGCCAAGCGUCGUCUAUGGAGACAGCCGCCGGGGCAGCACACUGGCGCCCGAGGAGGAGGAGCUGAUUGGUCGCUGGAGGCAGCUGAGUGUGGAGGACCUAAGCGCCCACUCAUACCACUCGCCCGGCCGGGCCUCGCCCUACAGCUUCUCCGAGCAGCACUUCUCCGUUCGGCCCGCCAAGAUCCGCCUGGGACCCCUCUACAGCAGCUUCCAGGAAGGGGCAGACUUCUACCACCAGGCAGGGGUAGGACCCAUCAUGGAAACCCCAGUGUGCUUCUCCACGCCCAGCCCCCAGUGUAGCCCUGUGGGGGGACUCCGUCAGUCCCAUCCGUCCCACAGCCAGCAGGCCCACCAGACCCAUCUCUACCGGGGAAAGGAGGACAGCCAGGAGUCAGAGCACAGCCUCUACCACUCAGCAAGCUCCAAUGACAGGGAGGGCAGUGUCGGUGUAGCAGGGGCCGGAGUAGGAGGUGGAGGGCAGAACAAGGAGUACGAGGACGUCAGCCCAAACAGCUCCACUGAGUCCCUAAACCAGAGGUCUCUGGAGAUGGCUGCCGAGCUGCAGCAGCACUACCAGACCGAGAUGCAGCAUCCAUCGCCCCCCCAGGGCAGUCCACCACCGCCCCCGCUACCACCUUGUCCCCCUCCCCCGCAAUACCAAACAUUUGGCACGUUAGGACUCUCCAGAAAGGACAGUCUCACCAAAGCCCAGCUGUAUGGAACACUUCUGAACUGAGAGAAGAAGGGAUUCUCAUCCUCUGACUUACUGUUCUUUCUCUUUCUUCAUCUCUUUCCCUGGUGGGAUGUGAGGUGAGAGGUCUUGGUAGAUCCAGCAAAACACAUUGAUUAGUGUGAGUCUAGCCGUUCAGUUGAAGGACAUUCAUUUUGAUAGGACAUUUGGACGAUACAGUAGGUUAAGCAUGAAUUCAUCAGAUUGUUGCCACAGCUGUGAAAAACUGACAAAAGUGUGGUUCGCAUCACUACAAUGAACGUGUAAGAUUGUCUGGGUCAGGUGAAUUGGCAAUUUAUUACUGUGCCAAAUGAGUGAGGAAUAUAGGAAAAGACUCUGCUACCUUUGGUACAUUUGGUACAUUUGGUACAUAAAAUAGUAUUUGGAGGUACCAGAGACCACAGUUGCUCCAUGUGGAUGAAGGAAGUAUUUAAAGUAACUGUUGAAAUAUAUAAAUAUAUUUAAUUACAACUACAACAAUUGAGUGUUCAUUUUGUUUGUAGUUGCAUUCAAAAGAAAAUAUAAAACUGAUGAUUGUAAAGAAAUGACUACAAUUCAAUCAGAUGUGGACACCAACACAUUGUAAAUAUGUCUGGUUAUUAAGAGCAUCUGCAAAUCAAAGACAGAUAGUUGGAAUGUUAAAGAAGACUGUCAAAAUUGCACAUUGAGAUUUGUUUGUCAAUCACAGGCUGAAUACUGAAUACUGUGCUGCAUUUCUGCAGAGUAAAAUAUGUAUGACAAUGGGGCAUGCGUUAAAGUUGCAGCACUAAGAGAUGUUUUUAACUCAAAAAUAGAGAUGCCCCUAGCCUAAACCCGUUUGAGUGCAGCUCCAUUGAUUCGUUUAGUUUUUGCUUUGACACCAUUUUGAAAUAUCCAGAGCGUUUAAAGAGACCGUUCGAAGUAUGUAUCAUUUUGCUACUGAUGGACUUCUUUUGAGAUGUAAACAUUUGUCUUACCCGUUGAUGUUAUUUUUGCUCUAUAACCCUUGGAGACAUUUUCCUGUCCCACUCUACCUCAGAUGCCCACACCCCAAUCAAGCAACCACAAAUCUGUUUCUAUCACACAAUGAUGCAUGUUUCUAUAUUUCUGUUGUGUUUCAUUUAACCUAAUAAAGCACAAACUACACAUGU